AUGAUCUGAAUGACGAUAAAAUGGACAGACAACUGUGUGUGAUGAUCUUCCUCUUAUAUGAAGUCUUUAAGGUAAUCUAUGGAGAUAUUAUACAACUGAACCCAGUUGUAUCAGUUCAUGAAGGAGAUCCUGUGGUUUUGUCCUGCUUCAUUAGAACAAAACAAAUAAGUGUGGCAGCGUGGUACAAGCAAGUCACUGGAGGAGAACCACUUCUCAUUGCUUCAUCCAUUCUCCAUUCAUCAAAAAGCCGAUUUCACAAUCAUUUUGACAGCAGUCGUUUUGAUGUGUUAAGAGAGACUGGCAGUUUUAAUCUGACAAUUGUGAAUGCUGUACAAUCAGAUUCAGGCAUGUACUAUUGUGCAUUCUCUUUCUCUAAUAUCAUUAAAUUUGGAAAUGGCACUCGUCUGGUUGUUACAGGAGCAGAAAUUAGAAAACCCACAAGUCUAAAGCUGCCCAAGAUUGAACUAGUUAAAUCAGAUGUAAAUGUGCCUCUACAAUGUUCAGUCCAAAACCAAAUAGUGAGCAGUGGAGGUGAACAUCGUCUCCACUGGUUCAAACAUGGAUCUGAAGAAUCUCCAGGAUCAAUUUAUGUUCAUGGAAACACAAGUGAUGGAUGUGUGAGGAGCUUUGAAGCUGACUGUCUUUCACCGACCUGCUUGUACAACCUCCCAAAGAAAAAGUUCAGUUCCUCACAAACGGCAACUUACUGUGCACUGGCCACAUGUGGGGAGGCUUUAUUUGGUAAUAUUUCUAAACACAAUCCUGACAACUUUGAGAGUCAGAAAGUAAUAUUGUACAUUCAGAUCGGCCUUGCAUCACUGCUGGUAAUAAGUUUUGCCAUCAAUGUUCUACUUUGUUGUUUGAGGAAAAGUGAGAGAAAAUCUCAGCAGAUACGGACUACUAAUGAGGAUGAUAAUGAUGAAGAGUCAGCGAAUAAGAACAGGGAAAUGACUUACGCCACUGUACAAAUCUCCACCAAACAGUCAAGAGUGAAGAAGGAGAGACAUCCAGAGGACACACUGUAUUCUGGUUUAGUGUAUCAACAGCAAAGCUGAAAACUACUUUAUAUUACAAAUAUUUUAUCUGCAGACAUUUAUUUCUAAAGCUCCGUGAAGACGUUUGCUUAGAUUUUAUCCACAACUAAGUAUCCUUACUUUGGAAAAUCAAAUUUAUUAAAAUUUUUCUGCCAAUGGUGUAGUGGCAUAAAACUGCAAAAGCACACUUUACAAAAUACAGACAAUGACAAUGACUUUCCGAUGAUCUGCUUUUUCCCCCAGCAAACAUGUAUUUUUGUACAUAUUUAUUUUGUACAUCUGUUUUUGUA